AUGCCACCGCCACUAACGCAAGCGGCCAGGAUCGCGUCCAGGAUCGCGAGUGCUGCGCGGGCGGCCGAGAAGGCUGCGACCAAGGUCAACAAGGGAGAAUUGGCCGCCGCCGUCUCGCAGCUGAAAAAGGCCAAAAAGUCGGCUGAGCCGAAGGACGCUGUAAAGCAGACGACCGAACCUUUGACGAAAGCCACCGAGCUUCCAAAGAAGACGGCCAAGGCUCCGAAAAAGGCUUCGAAAGUUGCAAAGAAGGAAACCACCAAACAAGAAGCUGCACCGCCAGCAGAUAACCUGCCCGCCCAAGAAAAGGACGUCUCGGAAACCGCCCGCUACAAAGCUCUCACCUCGUACCGGAACAGCUACACCUAUUAUACCCAUCAGGACUACNCCCUGGGCAACUCUCUCAACGACAUCUUCGCCGAGGGCAGAAGUCUUGGUCCCUCCGGUGCCAGCAGGGACAAGUUCCCAAACAAUGUCGACGUUGUGAGCGAGUCUCUAUGCGAUCAGAUCAUCCAUCACCUUGGUCAUGACCUGGACAUGCACGAGGGAUGCGAUAUCAUCGAUAUUCACCCCGGCGCUUGUCUGUGGUCGCAGAAGGUCCACGAACGCCUCAAACCGCGUCGUCAUCUCCUUCUUGAGCCCGAAGAACGCUACCUAGACCCUUUCAUCAAGNCUCUGCUGGACCAGAAGGACUCGGCUUAUCGCCACACGAGUCUUUCUGGCGCCGCCCCAAAAGGCUACUUUGAGACUUACGACAAGAUCUUCAAUGGCCAUCUCCUGCCAGAAAGAGAUCCUCUUCCUGACCAUGAUCCACGCCUGCGUAAACCUAACCAUAGCUUGCUCGUGAUUGGCAACCUUGUCCGCCGCUACAGCGAACAUCGACUCGGCAAUAAUGCCGUCCCGUUUCCAAGUCUAAUCUUGCACCACAUGGCCGAAGCCGCUCAGUCCAACGUCAUGUUCCAACGCUACGGUCUGGUACGCUUGAUUCUCUGGGUUCCUGAAGACCUAAGGGGCACUAUAUUGCCUGACACCAUGUUGUUUAGGAGUGCCUACUCCGUCAAUCAGGAGUCAGCUUUUGAGAUUGCCGAAAUUGUUGGGAGUGAUCGCUCUCAGCUCUCCCGUACCGAUCUGAACAAANAGAACCUCCAUCACCAACGUCAAGAUCAACUUGAUGUUUGGAGUGCCCGAAGAGUCCUUGAUCGCAUGCAGUCCAAGGACGUGUCUAUUCCCGAGCAUCGCCGUCCCGAAUUGCACCAGAAAGCUCUCGACACCGACGACGAGAGUCUCAUCGACUAUAAUCCCAUACGUCUGCCCAAAGACAAGUCUUUGGAAGAAAUCGUCGCCGAUCACGAAGAGCAACUCAAAAGGUUGAUAGAACUCGCAGCGAUUCCCAAAUCAAAGCGGAAACAUAUGAAACUUCCGACACCAAGAUUCAAACUCACAAGCACCAGCCAGGAUUACCUCAAGCUGCAGGAUCAGACCACCUGUAGACUUUUUGUUGACGUUUGGGGUGUUCAGAUUGCUCUCGAACGUGAGUACAGGGUAACCGAAACCGGGCGACCUGAGGAAGUGACGGAGGGCUUAAAGUCAAGGAUCUUUGCAGCCAGCGAUAGCGUCACUUCUGUCUAUCAUAAACUGUUCAGCCUCGACUCAACAAGACAGAUAAAUGUCCUCCUCGACGAACUGUUCGCGCUGUGUAGGCCAAAUCCGAUGAUGGAAUGGGAUCGACGACCUUACGAGCCCAUGACGGCGGUGGACGAGGAGUUUUAUCCUCGCUUCCCCAUGCGACUGCUUGACCUCAAGCCACGGCCGGAAACGCUUGCAGACGAUUUGAUGAACGCAAGUGAAGCCAAUCAUGUGAGGCGUGGCCUGCUCAAAGCGCUGUUCACACACCCUGCAGCCCCGCUGAUAGAGUCAAUCGAAAGACUCGGUCCUGGAGCACGCGAUAUCAUGGGACCCGAGUUCAGUGAUCCACUCCUAGGUGGAAGGUUGGAUCCCAAGCUCCUGCUGACCAAAGAUAUCACGCGGGAGCAAUUGACAGCCCUUACGAAAGCCUAUAUCGAGUGGCCGUUCCGACCACUUGGAUCGGAAGCGCUUGAAGCCAAUGAGAUUGAAGUGGUGUAA